AUGUCCUCCCCAAUCACCGUUCAAUCACACCUCUACGUCGAUUCCCCUCCAACAAUCUGUGUCCUCGAGAUUGCUCCCCACUUUGCUUCCCUCACGCCUAAGCAGAAACUUUACGCUCACCACAUCUCCCAUGCUGCAUACCUCGGUACACGCGUUUGUGCACGCCAAUGCUCCCCCGAAUCAGAGCACAUCUGUGAUCUCAUCUUGAGCCUCCACAAGGCCGUCUCUGGGGACUACAAAAAGCUCUCCUCUGCCACGGGGGUCAGCGAUGAAAAUGUCAAAUACUUUCUCGAGUACGCGGCCAUGGUCCUAACAUCAUGUGGAAACUACAAGAGCUUCGGAGACGCGAAGUUUAUCCCUCGCAUCCCGGAAGAGGAGCUCGCGAAGCUGGCAGAGUAUGAUGCGGAUGCUAAAGCAAGCUUUGAGAAGGUGAAGGAGGCGAUCUACGCUACGCAGCCAGAGGCAAGGAACUUCCUGGGAUACCCAGAUGCUGGCCAUGUUUCUACAUACUACCCUGACUCGCCAGAUAUCACAAAGGCCGAGAUUGAAGCUGUGCAGGACUUUAUGAAUGAAAACUCGCUUCUUUCUGAGAACACUCGGUUGCGGAAAGUCAGUGAUACCGAGUUUCAUCUGCUCAUUGCGUCUGCACAUGCCAACGAUAAUAAAGAGUUUACACUUCCGGAUGGGAAGAAACUGAAACUCGAAUAUGGCGACCAUGCAGCUGAGAUGAAGAAGAUCGCUGCAGCCUGUAAGGAUGCCUCCGAAUCUGCCGAGAAUGAAGUACAGAAGAACAUGUGGCUCGAGUACGCCCGCUCCUUCGCAGACGGUUCCAUCGAAGCCCACAAAGAGAGCCAGAAGCUCUGGGUGCAGGAUCAAGGACCAGUUGUCGAGUCUAACAUUGGAUUCAUCGAGACUUACCGAGACCCACAUGGUGUCCGUGGAGAAUGGGAGGGUUUCGUAGCAGUUGUCAAUCAAGAGCAGACGAAGAAAUUUGGAGAGCUAGUACGGCGGGCUGAGGAGUUCAUCAAACGCCUCCCCUGGGGCAUCGAUUUCGAAAAGGACACCUUCAUCAAGCCUGAUUUUACAAGUCUGGAAGUUCUCUCCUUUGCCGGUGGUAGUAUCCCAGCAGGCAUCAACAUCCCCAACUACGACGAUAUCCGUCAAAACAUUGGUUUCAAGAACGUCUCCCUUGCCAAUGUUCUUAAUGCCAAAGCUCCUAGUGAAAAAAUCACCUUCCUCUCUGGUGUCGACCUCCCGCUCUACGAGAGGCUCCGCGGCAAGGCAUUUGAGGUGCAAGUUGGCGUGCACGAACUGCUCGGCCACGGCACAGGCAAGCUCCUCCAAGAGACCUCCAAAGGCGUCUUCAACUUCCCCCAUGACUCCCCACCAGUUUCUCCUGUUACCGGAAAGCCUAUAUCAACAUGGUAUAAGCCCGGCGAAACGUGGGGCGGCGUGUUCGGCGGUGUUGCUGGAUCCUACGAAGAGUGUAGAGCCGAGUGUGUGGCUAUGGUACUGGGUGUUGAUAAAGAUAUUCUCUCAAUCUUUGGGCACGCGGACGAGGAUGCAGAGGAUGUCCUCUAUAUUGAAUACCUACAGAUGGCACGUGCGGGUCUUCUUGCCCUCGAAAUGUGGGAUCCGAAGACAUCAAAGUGGGGGCAACCCCACAUGCAAGCGCGCUACUCUAUUUUGCAAUGCUUCCGGUCUGCCGGCGAUGGCUUUGUGUCCUUCGAGCACUCACGCCCAGAUAAAAGCGACCUAGUAGUCAAGAUUGACAGGACCAAAAUCCUGAGCCAUGGUGUUCCGGCCGUAAGCGAGUAUCUCACAAAGCUGCAUGUAUACAAGAGCACAGCGGAUGUUAAGGCAGGAACAAAGCUCUACGCUGAGAUGACGACCGUCUCAGAGGAGAUGAAGAGUUACAGGGAUGUGGUCAUGAGCAUGAAGCAGCCAAGAAAGAUGUUUGUCCAGGCGAACACGGUUAUGGGCGAGGAUGGAACGGUGGAGCUGAGGGAGUACGAAGCAACACCGGAGGGUGUGGUGAAAAGCUUUGCCGAUAGGGAACUUUAG